AUGCUGACGGAGUGCGCGGCCACGGAGAGCCAGGGUGGUCGAGUGAACAGCGUACUGCAGUCGACACCAUCCAGUAUCCACGCGGACGUUUUCGUCUGUCGCUGGCAGGUCUUCCAGCCGCUGGGUCAGUCGAGCGGUGAAAUGGACAUGGUAAGCAGGCAAAGGCAACAAAGCAUACCUGGGGGUUGCUUGCCCUGUGGCUUCCCGCGAGGUAGCAGACAAAACCUCUUCUUGGAGAUGACGAGUUAAUGGUCCGUCCAGCCAUCGGCGUCGCAGAUCGCCUUAAUCACCAUCAUGACCUGCCGAUGUCGCCUCUGGACGAGAACAUAGUCCAGCAGCUACUAGCGCCGCGAUCGGGGGUGCUUCCAGGUGGCAUUAUCCCUCAUCGGCAGGCGGAAGAAUGUGUUGGCCAGCAGAAGGCGGUGUUCAGCGCAGGUUCGCAGGAGCGGGAGGCCAUUGUCGUUGCAGCCGGCGAUUCCGUGAGGGUCCAGGCACUCGCACGCCUGCGAGGUCCAUGUAUUCUCCUUUGCGAAAACGUCGUCAAUUGUGCGCGGAGCGGGCCGCGCGCGGCAAGCGUAGCCGAAAUGCUUGGCUAUGUCAGUCACUGCGUCCGACCCCACCUCUGGCAUUCUUGACUCUGUCUUGAAACCGGCCUCAGGUUGGCGAGGAGAGAGUGUGGAAGAUUCGUCGCUAGUCUACUAUCACUAUAGACUUAAACGCCCAACGAACUGAGCUGGACUGCUUGUAUGUAGAGACACUUUUGGUGUGAACCCAGGCUGGAGAUGACUUGAUCCCGUGUUGGCUAGAUUGGCCGGUCCCCCUUCCGCACUCAACUGCCGACCCCUUCCCGCACCUUUCGUCCUAACGCUCGUUCUGCUAACUCUACUUCGGCGCCUUCCACGGCCCUUCCCUGUGACUGCCUAAAGCAUCGCACCCUCCACCGGUUGUUUAACAGGCAUGCCGGCUUAACCUUUUCAUUCAUACAGGUGACUCCUGGUUUAAUUCAUCCUCUCUUGCGCUCUUGACUACUACUACUACUACUACUACUACUACUACUACUACUACUACUACUACUACUACUACUACUACUACUACUACUACUACUACUACUACUACUACUACUACUACUACUACUACUACUACUACUACUACUACUACUACUACUACUACUACUACUACUACUGUCGAAAUGCCAACAUGGGUUCCGAAAAGGAAGAUCCUGCACGACAAACCUGCUGCAAUCUCUCCAGAGCUGGACCCAAGCUCUCGACGACAGGCACGCGGUCCACAUAGCCUUCAUCGACUUCCAGAAGGCUUUCGACACUGUGCCACACCAAAGGCUCUUACAUAAGCUGAAAAAAAUAGGGAUCGGUGGCAACUUCCAUAAAUGUAUCGAAAACUUCCUUGUGGGUCGACAGCAGGUUGUGUGCGUCGGUCGGGGAAAAUCAGAUCCGGCUAUGGUCGAUAGUGGUGUCCCCCAGGGUUCAGUACUGGGACCCAUUUUGUUCCUUAUCUACGUGGACGAUGCCGAAAGAGAUUUAGACUGUGAAGUAGCAAUGUUUGCGGAUGACAUGAAGAUAUGGAGUGUAAUUCGGGGUCCUGCCGAUGAAGACAGACUGCAGAUGAACCUGAAUCGGUUGGAGGAGCGGUCAAACCGUUGGCUUCUGCGGUUCAACAUUGCCAAAUGUAGCAUAUUUCGCCUAGACAACACAGCCAGAUCCGCCAGCACAAGAGGCUACUUUCUGGGCGGUGCAGCCCUACAAGAGGUCGAAGCCCAAAAGGACCUCGGUGUGCUUACGACGAGUUCCCUAAAACCAUCCGCCCACUGUUCGAGGGUGGCAAAAACCGCAAUGUCCGUACUGUACGCCAUCAAGCGUGCGUUUAUGAACUUUGACGAAGAAGCUUUCUCUAAGACAUUCGGAACAUUCGUCCGGCCGCAUUUAGAGUACGGCAUACAAGCUUGGAGGCCGUGGGCUGUUGUGGAUCAAAACUGCCUCGAAAGAGUCCAGAGGAGAGCCACGUAGAUGGUCAGGGGUCAAAGCUCCUUUCCUUAUGCGACCCGCCUAGUAAAUCUGAACCUCUUUCCUUUGAGUUACAGGCAACUUCGCGGAGAUCUCUUGCAAGCCUUCCGCAUUGUAAAGGGGUUGGAUUGCAGUCUGGCCUUCGAGGACUUUUUUGAAUUUGCUACCACGACCAACCUCCGAGGUCACCCGUUAAAACUGCGCACUCAGCAGGCACGGCUGGAUGUGCGGAAGUUCUCCUUCUCGGUUCGGGUGGUCAAACCGUGGAAUGAGCUUCCCGCAGAUGUUGUGAUGUCACCAUCUAUACAAAGUUUUAAGAAGAAUCUGGACAUGUUUAUGUUCCGAAAUGACCAAGAGCGAUGA